AUGAGAAAAAAAGUUGACAAAAUAAAAAAAAAACCUUGGAGUGAUUAUGAGGAUGCUUAGGUAAUGUAAUUAGUGGAACAAUAUGGGCCACACAAAUGGACAUUUAUAGCAUCUAAAUUGUAAGGCAGGAUAGGAAAAUAAUGCAGGGAACGUUGGCAUAAUCAUUUGAAUCCCUUGAUAAAAAAGUCACCUUGGGAAUAUGAGGAGGAGUGGAUUUUAUUUUUGUAUCACGAAGCAAUUAGUAAUGAAUGGGCAGAAAUUGCUAAACAUUUAGAAGGAAGAACUGAUAACGCAAUCAAGAAUCAUUGGAACUCUGGCAUGAAGAAGAGAAUGAAUGAGUUUAGAGAGAAGUUAUUGAAAAUAAGAUAGCAAUUUUAAUAAAAAGGGUAGGCAUACUAUUUUAGAUUAAUUUGUGAACCCUUUUGAAAGGAAAGCAAUUGAAAUAAUAUUUUUAAAUAAAAAGUAUGUAAGCUUAAUCACAGACACCGAGGAAGAGGAAGAUGAGAUAGAUGAGCCAGCAAUAAUACAAAUUCCUAUGCUAAGAACACCACUCUGAUGAACUCGAAGCAAUUUUAAUAAUCAUUUUGAAAUCAGAAGCAAAUACAUCAGUAAGCAUCCUAGGAGAAAUAGAAUGCAUAGAAAGUAUUUGAUAUACAAGAAGAAUUAAAUGAAGGAAAUCGAGAAAGAAAAGGAGAACAAAAAUAUAAGUAAUGUGCAACCAGUCCAAAUUGAAUCAAGACAAAUGUUUUCGAUGCAAUAAUUGGAUCAAACCCCAUUAAAAGUGUAUAAUGAUGACUACUACUAAACACCAGCAGCAUUCAAUCGAGUACAAAGAUUAGCAAUUAGCAGUUCCAAAUUUAGUUAAUUUAAAAGUGCAGUC